CAUCACCUCGCAAAGUCAUACGCAGCAUCAAGACUCUCUCCCGCAGUAGUCUCUACUAUUUGCGAGCGUGGGCGAACCUUGGGCCUUCUCGUUCAUCGUCGUCAUCAGUGUAACGCGUUUCGACGCGGAUCCAAGCCACUUCCGCUCGCUCCACCAGUCGCUGCGCCAAGCGAAGGCCGACUUCACUCCUAAUUUCCCAUCCUCACACUCAAUACAACCACCAUUGGAGCGCGCAAAAACGCCGCGACUUUCGCAAAGCACAUCUCGACCGCCCCUCAACCACCAUCACCCUUUUCAACCCUUUUGCACUACUCGCCGACGUCGUCGCUCGUUCGGCAGCCGUAGUGCUAAGACGCCCAAACACGCUGCGGGCUCCGCGCCCAUCUCGGGACAUUGCGUCUAUCGAUAAUCGCUAUUCUCCAUACACCAGCGACCUCGUCGUCGCGCGCCUCUCGCUACUCUAAAACACAUAACCCACCGUCGUCAUGUCGCACUCACCGGGACCUGAUGCCAUCGAGGGCCAGAACCGCAAUCGCUUCCCGACACUGUUCGAGGUGCUGAGCCGCAAGACGGUCGCACCUCUCGACUUGUUUUCCUUCUACAUCUACAUGCGAGACCAGCAACGCUCGGUGGACUACCUAGACUUUUGGCUCGAUGUGUCGCAGCACCUUCAGCUAUGCCGGCUGUAUGUUCGACGGUUACACAGGUCAAUGAUUGAGGAGACACCGGACCCAGAGAAGAACAGCAAGCGUUCGUCCUACAUUUUGGACAACGCUGGAGAAGGACCGUCUAACGAGAAAGGCGACAACAUGUCUGACCAGCGCCUCUCCGCCUUUCUUCGCUCGGACCGCGGCAGUCGCAACCACUCACCGCAAAAUAGCCAGGGCAGCAAUCAGAGCCGGGAGCUUGCGCGGCCGAGUCUCCACAUCCUCGACACACCGAAUGAUUCGAGCUCGCCAGGCCAAGACUCGUCUGCUGACAACACCCAGCCGCGGAGGGAAGACCUGCGUGCAUCUGCUGAGAAGAUCCUGUACACAUAUCUGCUCCCAGGUUCGGAAAGAGAGAUCAUCAUCCCGCAGAGCAUCUUGAACGAGGUCCAGGAUGCAAUCGAGGGAUCGGAGCAGCGCGCAGACCCGGAACUGUUUGACCCGGCGAAGGACUAUGUCUUCCAGGCCAUGGAGCGGGACGCAUACCCAGGAUUCCUUCAGAACAAGGGUCUCGGCAACCUCGUACCCCAGAGCAUGAUGCUACGACUCAUUAUUGGGUUAAUCAGCUUCUUCGCUGCCAUAUGGACGUCGUUCAUACUCAUCUUCUUGAACAAGUCAAGGGCAACGCGCUGUUGGGUGAUUCUUCCCUUUACGCUCGCCAUCUACCUCAUCUUCACUCAUCAGUACAUGCUCGAUCCCAUCAUCGCACUGCUGGGAUACAGCGAGUAUACGUCCUUCGACUUCAACAAGAUCAGGGAGCCGUUUGUGCGAAAAACGCUAAACAGGCGCUCGAUUACUGUGCUAGUCAUGUUCCUAGUCCUCACCACGGCUGUCUGCUGUCUCUUCAUCCUGGUGCCAGGGAAAAGACUGUGAGCGACCUUACCCGGACUUUCUAUCUUAACAGCGACUUUUUAAUGUUUGUCUUUCGUUUUACCGGCGUUCUCAGCCAGCUUGAUGGGUCAUCGAAAAAGGCCCGUAAUGGUAGGGAAGGAGAGGUGCGGAAGUAAUGGACACGAGCAAGCCUACAGAUGUGAUACCCCUCGCUGCUUCCAUUCCAUACCCAUAGCAGGAUUUUUCUUUUGUUGGUUUGGAGCUUUAAUUGGAUUCUCUGGGGGUGAAUUGGACGGCCGCUGUUCACACAACACAUGGCGUUCAGGGGGGUUUGGCG